GAAUGUACACAAUAUGUCAAAAGAAACAAGAGCAGAAUUGUCAGAAACAGAUGGAUCUAAGAAGCUAGAAGACGAAAACAGUUUAGGAGAUGUUAGAUUUUAUCCACCCCUGUACACACAGAGAUACUCCUUUGCCGCAAAGAUCUUGGAAAAGCAUGAUGCUAAAUGGGUGGUUGAUCUAGGAUGUUCAGAGUGUGCAAUAGUGAGAUUUUACAGAGAGGUUCCAAGUGUCCAAAAGAUACAGCUAGUGGACAUUGAUAGAGAAGCAUUAGAUUUCAAUAAAAACCGCAUUAAACCACGACCGUCAGAUUAUAUAUUCAAAAGGGCUAAUCCACUGAGCAUCGAGAUUUACGAAGGGAGUGCUACAAGUCUGGAUAACAGAACUAUAGGAUGUGAUGCUGUUUCCAUGAUUGAGUUCAUAGAGCACCUGUAUCCAGAUAUUCUAGAGGAAGUUGAGGAGAAUGUUUUUGGGCGACUCCGACCUCGUUUGGUUGUAGUCACCACUCCUAACUAUGAAUUCAACAGUCUCUUUCCUGGAGAACUCAGAUUUCGACACUAUGACCAUAAGUUUGAGUGGAUAAGGAGUGAAUUUCAAAGCUGGUGUCAGGGUGUGUGUGAGAAGUACAGCUACUCUGUGGAGUAUACAGGUAUUGGGGACCCUCCACUGGAAUCUCAGGAGGUCGGGUUUUGUUCUCAGGCAGCCAUCUUUACUUCAUCCUCUGAGUCUAAACCAUCUAUUGAGUCAAAAGAAUGUUGCUAUUGUUUAGUUGCAGAAUCCACAUUUCCAUACAAAGAUAAAGACACCUUAUCUGCAGAGGAAACUCUGAAGUCAGAAGUGUCAUACAUCAUUAAUUUACUGACAAGUAACCAUCGCAGUAUGGACUCAGACCAGUCAUGUUUCUGUGUGCAGAAAGAUGAUAAAGAACAAAUGGAGAUCCCUGUUGACCAUUUGAUGACCUUCAGUAGAAUUUCCAAAUUAGUCAAAACUGAUGACCUUAAGAAAUUUUUACAUGAAAAUGGGUACCAGCUUACAGAAGACCAAUCCACAUUGAUCAUCCCCCUGGAAGAUGAGUGGGAAGAUAGAUAUCAUGAUGGUAGUGAAGAGGAGAAUGAAACAGACAUUUGUGUGGAAGAUUCCAAUGUAAACUUUUAUGAGGCAGCAACUUCCUGUGCAAUUGACACUGAGGAAAUCUGGGAUUGAUUUGAACAACGAUUUAUUUUUAUUUUUGUAUCUUUUAAAAACUUUUGUUAUUUUUUCCUAUAGUUCCUAUAGGUAGUUAAUUUUUUGCCUUCAGUUUUACCUUUUGUCUUGUUAAGAUAUUAUUUU